AUGUCUUUAAAUAACAUUUUUAAGCAAAAGUAAAUUGAAAGAAUAAAGGAAUAAUAAUUAAAUAGGUAUAAAUUAAUUAUAAUCGUAGAGAAUAAAGGGAGAAGAAAUUGGAAGAAAUAAGAAAAAUUAAGUCAGUUUAAUUCAAAGCCAGAUAAGCAAAUCGAGUAGAAAUGUUUGAAGAGAAUAAACUAAGCAAACUAAGAGAAACCUUAAAAGAGGGCAGCUACCCAAUAUUACCAAUCACAAAGCAUUCAUUCAGAGAUCGUUAUAAGGAAAAGGAGUUAGAUGGUAAUAUAUUAUUAAGAAGGUAAAUGCACAUAGUAUAAUAGUCAAUUAUCAGGGAAGGAGAGAGCUAGACAAACAAUGUUAGACUUUAAUUAAGGACAUUUGGCAACAGGAGAAUUUAAUAAAGAUUAACCACAUAAGAACCAUUAUAAAUGGUUGAAAGUGGAUGAUCAAUCUAAAUAAGGAAAUCCUAUGAGAUUUGGUAAAGGAGAAAGAGUAGAGACUGAAAGAGUGAGAGGUGUGAUUUAGAAUACAACAUAGAAAGUUGAUUAUGUGGUAAUAUGUUUCAUAUACAGAAAAAAGACUUGAUGAUGUUGACAAAUCCUACAUGGAAAUAAGAUGAUAAAUCUAAAUGGAUGGAUAACAAUACUUUUAAUAUUUAUAAUAAGAAAAGAUUUGAUCCAUCAUCUUGGGAGUAACUUCCAAUAAAUUACAAAAAUUAAAGUAAUGUAUUUGUUGAAGGAUUCGAAGUUUUGGGUGAUCCUUCAAGAAAGAGAUACAAAGAAUAAGAAGUACUUAAUUUUAUUAAUUAAAAAAAGCAUAAAAGAACAGAAUAUAUACCAACAGUAAAAGAAGAUUAAAUUGGAACUACUCUACAUAUAUCAAGAUCUUUAAGAACUUUCAAAGCUGAUUAAUUAAUUAAUGAAUAAUCUAAUUUUGAUGAAUACUCUUAGAAUACAAAAUUAAAAUAUUAUAAAUCUGCUUUAAUUGAAACUAAAAGUAUUGAUCAUUAAAUACCCUAUCAACAUAGUAAUAAGUAUUAUAUAAUUAAAUUAAUUAUAGUUUUAAAUCUCUUGAUUUUAAGAAUCUUCGACCUGAACUAAAAACUAAAAUAUUUCGCAAUUCAUUAACUACAUCCACAAAAGCUUAAACUUAGAAUUGUAAUCAAACUCCAUUAAAAACAACCUAAACUAAAUUUGAAACUGAAUAAGCUACAACUGCAGAUUAUAUGCAAUCCAAACUAUCAAAAAUAUAAGAGGUUUCAUAAAAUUUAAUUGCUUCUGAUCAAAAGAUUUCGAUUAAUCAAAAGACUUUAGAGAGUGAAAACUCAAAAUCUAAGACUUAAUUUAAUAAAUAGUAAUCAUUAGAUAAUCUAAUUAAACUCAAGUAUCCAUAUCAUUAGGAAAAUGAUGAAACCACUAAGAAAAUUUUACAUGAAUAUUUUAGGUGGUAAUGAUUUAUUUUAUUUAUCAUUAUUGUAAUAUAAUAAUAAUAAUGAGUAAUAUUAAAGUAUUUUGUAGAAUCAGACCAUUAAAUCAAAAAGAAACAUCUUUAAUCAAUUAUAUUAUUAGAGAUUAAACAUUACAAAUAGGUGAGUAAAAGUUUACAUUUGAUAAGAUUCUUGAUAGUAAUACUACUUAAUAAGAAGUAUAUGAUGAAAUAGGAAAACCUAUAAUAGAUUAAAUUCUGUAAGGAUUCAAUGCUACAUUAUUAAUGUAUGGAUAGACAUCAUCUGGUAAAACUUAUACUAUGAUUGGGGAUCAAUAAUAACCAGGAAUUAUUAAAAGAACUAUUAAUGAUUUAUUUGAUGCAAUAGACAGUUCUCCAACUGAAUCUGAAUUUCGUAUUAAAAUCUAAAUUGUGGAAGUUUAUAAAGAAAAAGUUAAAGAUUUAUUAGACAUUAAUAAAUAAGAUUUAAAAAUAAGAGAGAUGGCUAAUCAAGGAUUCUACAUUCAAUAAAUUACAUAAUUAUGGGUUUGUGAUAAGGAAGAAAUUUAUAAUGCAUUACAAAAGAGUUUGGUCAAUAGAUAAGUUGGUUAUACUAAUCUUAAUGAUAUGUCAUCUAGAUCUCAUCUAUUAUUUUAAAUGGUAAAUCUUUUUAAAAUUCUAUUUUAGACAGUCAUUAUGAAUAAUGAAAUUGAAGGAACAUCAUAUACAGGAUAAUUAAUAAUGGCUGAUCUUGCAGGUAGUGAAAAUGCAUCUAAAGCUGGAACAACUGGAAAUGCAUUAUAAGAAGGAGCAUUCAUAAAUAGGAGUCUAUUAACACUUGUAUAUCUUAAUAUUUAUAUAUUACCAGUCUAAUGUAAUAAAUGGAUUAUCAGAUAAAUAAUAACAUGUACCUUUCAGAGAAUCAAAUCUAACUAAAUUAUUAUGGAAUGGACUUAGUAAAAACUCAAUGACUUCUCUCAUUAUUACUUGUAGUCCAUGUAUUAGUAAUGAAACUGAAACUCUUAGUACUCUUCGAUUUGGAAUCAGAGCUAAAAUGAUUAAAACAUAACCAAAAGUAAAUAAAGAAGUAACAAUAAAAGAAUUAGAAAUCUAAAAUAAUAAAUUGACUAAGGAACUUGAAGAUAAAAAUUACAUUAUCGAUCAAUUAAAAAAGGAUGAUAACAAAAUUAAAAUUAUUAAAUUUGAAGAAUUAAUUUUACAUUUGCGUCAAGAAAAUCAAUUAUUGAAAGAAUAGAACUCAUAAUAUAUUACAGAAUUAGAUUUGAAAUCCUUAGACUAUUAAGAAAUUUAAACUAAUUUAAAAAAUUCAUUACUUGAAUCUGAUCGAUUAUAAUAAUCUAAUUUAUAGUAUUAGAAAUAAAUUGAGUAAUUUCAAUUAAAUAAAGACUUAGAAAUUCAUGAAUUGAAUACUUAAAUUGAAAUUCUUAAACAACAACUUUAAUAAAAGGAUGAAAGUAUUCAAUAAUUAUCUAAGCAUUUAGCAAAUAUAUAAAGAAUUUAAACAUAAAAUUCAUAAUUAUAAUUACAUGAACAUUAUGUUGAAAAAAUACACACAUAAAAUAUAGGAGAUUUACUUAAAGAAAUAGAUGAACUUAAAAAAAAGACAUUUGAAGAAAAGAGUGAAAUUAAAUAUUAAAAUAAGGUUAAUGAAAGCUAAAUCUUAGUAUUUACAAAGUAAAUAAAAAAUUAGGAAUCUGAAAUAUCUAAUUUAAAAGAGGAAAUCAAAAAUUAUUAAUUAUAACUUAUGAAAAAUAAUGAUGAAUUACUCAAUUUAAUGAAAUAAAAUAAUAAACUUUAAAAGGAUUUAGAGAAUAGAGUAUUAAAAGUAAUUGAAUUAUAAGAACAAUAUGAUUAUUUACUUGAUUAACUUAAUAAAUUAAAAAAUUAAUUAAAUUAUGAAGAGAUUGGAAUUUAUGAAGAGAAUCAAAAAUUACAUUCAUAAAUGCAAGAAAUUAAUAAAAAAUAUUUAUAAGAAGAAUCCUUAAGAAGAUCUAAUUAAUUAACAUCAAGUUAAACUUUGUAAGCAAAACUCUCAAGAAUUUAAUAACUUGAAUAGUAAUUAUAUUUAUUAUAUCUAAAGGGAAAAUUAUCAAUUAAAAUUAGAUAUUUAGAACUCAUAAAUUUUGAAAUCACAGAACAAUAAUAAUGAAUCAGUCUUUAUUUCAUAAUAUUAAUCUGUCAAUAAAGGAAGUAUGAUUUCUAAAAUAGUUAAAAAAUAAUAAAAUUAGAAUGAUUUAUAGUGA